CCGUGCGCUCCUUCACUGCGCUCCUCCGACGCGCCGACAUCCACGACUCCAACACGCGGAACUAACUCACACAAGCGCACAGAGAAAGCGAGAGAGAGAGAAAGAAAGAAAAGAAACAAGGGGAAGGAAUACAACUUCAUCGUAUUUUUUUUUAUUUUCCCCGCACAAAGGAGAAAUCCCUGGACGUUUGGUCAUGAUGAGGAUUUUCGGUGUCGUGCUCCUGCUCGUCCACGCCUCGGUGGUGUCCCGACAGGCCAGCGGUGCCGCAGUUGACAGAUAUGAAAGCGACAGGCAGCGGCACACAGCUGUGAUCAACUUGGACACCACCAAAAACAGGAGGGUGGAGGAGGAGAGUAUGGCCGCGACAACAGCGCAGUAUGGUCAUGAGGGCGUGGAGGAGGAUUAUUAUGAAGACGAGUAUGAAGAUGCCCUGUCUGGAGACUACGCCGACUUUCCACGAAUUGCCAUGGUGAGCAAACCCAAAGACAUGUCUACCAUCCUGGUGACAGAAAGCCCGGAAGUUCAGAGGACGAGAAGAAUGGGAAGGAAGAGGGGGAAGGGAAAGGGACGGAAGAGGAAUCCUUGCCUGAAGAAGUAUAAAGAUUUCUGCAUUCACGGCACCUGCCAAUACAAGCGGCACAUCCGUAGCGCGGUCUGUGUGUGCCACACAGGCUAUUCUGGAGGAAGAUGUGAGUUCAUCAUGUUGCCCGUGGAGAAGCGCCCGGAGGGCUACAACCGGACCACGGCCCUGGCCGUGGUCGCCGUGGUGCUUUCGUCCAUCUGCCUCACCAUCAUAGUCCUUUUGUUGUUGCUCAGGUUUCACAAGCGGGGAGCGUAUGAUGUGGAGAGCGAAGAGAAGGUGAAACUGGGGCUCGCGUCCAACCACUGAGGAGACCGAGAGAGGCAAAAAUGUGGAAAUUCUACCUCAAAAUAGAAAAAGAGAAGUGAACUGUUAUGGGAAGGUCCUGGAGGUGAAACAAAAAAAAAGGAUCGCACGGGAAGGAGGGAACCAGACUUGCUGUCUGCCUCAACCCCCUUUGCUAGACUUAGUUCAGUUGAAAAGGUUGAACAUAUUCCUGAAGGCCUCAGAAGAAGUCGGGCCACCUGAAACUGGAAUACUACCGGCCCAGAGGGCGGACUUGAGAUGUGAUGAGCCGUAGAUUUUGAGCACGAAAAAACUAGAAGAAGGAGAAGAAGAGAAAAUGACAUGACUGCGUGCUGCUUCCUGACUGAGGGAAAAGAGGUCGUUUUGGACUGAACUGAACUAGAUUUUUAACCGAAGCAUUUUGUAUUUUCCUGCACAAGUCCAUCUUUGUUCUUUUUUUUGUACAGUAAACAAUAUAUUUAUAAUUUUAAUUUAUUUAUUUAUGCUAACUGUAUUUAUAGAGAUUUUAACCACCUUCGAUCGUUUUUAAAAUAUUGAUGUUACAGUUGUUUUUAUAUUUCUUAUUAGGCGAUAUUUAUUUAUGGAGCAGAAAAGAAAAGAAUGCUGAAGUUCAUUGAGAUAUUCAGUAUUUCAUAAAGAGGGAUUUGAUUCAUACACUAUAUGAUUUCUGGCUUUAAAUGUGGCACUCAAUAGAGGAUCAAUAGCACUGUGAUUAAUAGAUUGAUUGUUGAAUAGACAUGAUCGUUUUUUUUUAAAUGAUUCAGGCUAGUUUCACUGAGGGCAACGCCUUGCUCACACUCACACCUGGAAGCUGCCCAGUGCAACCAGUUGUGUCGGUUAGCCACUAGGCAGGUUAGGGCCUUGCUCAAAGGCACUUUGACGUUCGUAAUGGGGUAGAAGCUGCUCUCACACCCAAUGUUGUCCUGCCAGUUUGGGGUCUUCUGCCGCAGUAUUUUAAGAUCAGGUCGACGCCUGUCAUUACGAUACACUGCACCUGCUGUGUGUUGAUCAAACGCAAAAUAAAAACUGCCCACGGCGACUCUAUUCUUAAAAAGCGUUCAAAAGCGAGUCGAAAUAUCAAAUGCACUGUAGCCAGAAUUUGGUAUGAAUAUGGCGUCAUGUUGUCUUAGUGGAGUAAAUCCUUCAUAUCUGUGUUAAGCAAAAAAUAAAACAAAAUGUGAAUUACAGUGUUCCACCCCUUUCAAAUCUUGUCCUGCAGUUUUGAAGUGAUUUUUAUUCAUGCGAUUUUUUUUUUUUUCAGAGCAAAAUAAAAAAGUCAAAACCGA